UUGUUAGUUAUUAAAUCAUUUACUCUAAUUUUGUUCAUAAUUUUGAUAGCUUUCGACUCCUUACGAUAAAGCAGUAUAUGUAAGUAGUAAGUUAUCUUUAGUACUGAUACCUACACGAAUAUUUGUUGCGAUAAGUUACGAAGAUGCAUCCCUUGAAUAUAUUAUUAGUGUUUAUGAUAAUAAUAGUGCACUCAAAGUCUCAAAUUCCUGUUCUAAUACCUCAUUUGCCUUCUUUACCUCCUCUUCCAACAAUCCCCAGGUUAUCCGAUUUGGCAUUUCUUCAGAAUGUAGACUAUGAUAUUACGGCAAUCUUCCAAAAGGUGCAGACAUUUUAUAAGUCACUUCCCAGUACAGUUAAAGAAGAUGCCCUUUUGGCAGUGUCAGAACUAGUGCGUAAAUACGGGUACCCUUGCGAGUCGCAUUCGGUUACUUCGUCCGAUGGUUACAUUUUAACUUUGCAUCGCAUUCCAAGUUCCAAAAAUCAUCAACGCGACAAACUGAAACCGGCUGUUUUUGUGCAGCAUGGCAUAUUGUCAUCAUCUGCCGAUUGGUUAAUUCCGGGACCAGGAAAGGCCUUAGGAUAUUUACUGUCUGACGCCGGUUUUGACGUGUGGCUUGGAAAUGUACGUGGAAAUCGAUAUUCUCGCAAACACGUUUGGCUUAACACGAAGGAACCAAAAUUUUGGGAUUUUAGUUUUCACGAAAUUGCGGUUUACGAUUUACCUGCCAUGAUUGAUUAUAUUCUAAACCAGACUAACCAAGAGAACUUAACUUACAUCGGCCACUCCCAAGGUACUACGGUAUUUUACGUUCUCUGCUCAGAAAAACCGGAGUAUAACGACAAGAUCAAUAUGCAACUGAGUUUGUCGCCUGUCGGUUAUAUGAACCACUUACUUAGUCCACUGAUGCACGUACUUGCUCGAGGAGAAGUCCCUUUAGGAAUUCUUGCGAGUUUAAUUGGUAUGAAUGAAUUUUUACCUAACACAAAAUUCUUGGCGGUUGCCAGCCAUUACUUAUGUUCAGACAUUUCUGUAACUCAAAUCUUAUGCAGUAAUUCUUAUUUUGCAAUGUGUGGAUUUAAUCAGAGACAAAUGAAUUCUACGUUAUUACCAGUUAUAAUGGCUCACAAUCCGGCUGGAGCAUCAACCAAGCAAUUUUUACACUACGCACAAGAAAUUAAAUCAGGUAAAUUUCGCCAGUAUGACUAUGGUAGUGUUGAGAACAGGCAGAAAUACAACCGGAGCGUACCACCAGACUAUAAAUUAGAAAACAUAGUUGCACCCACCUACCUUUAUUACAGUCGAAAUGAUUGGCUGAGUAGUGAAAUUGAUGUUAAUCGAUUGGCUGCUAGACUCGGAAACCUUAGGGGCAAAUUUCUGGUAUCGGAUCCCAAACUUAAUCAUGUUGAUUAUUUAUAUAGUAUUAAUGCGCCUGAAGUUUUAUAUAAACCAAUGUUGAUGCUUAUGAAAUCAUCGGGAUUGGUUGACUUGUAGUAAAUCGGUAGCAUUCGGUGUGCAAAAUAAAAAUAUUUGGAUUUA